GUAGGUUACUCUCUCUCUCGUUUUCUUUCUUUAUCUGGUUUUCACUUCGUCCACUUAGAAGUAUGCUCAUUUGAUAAAUUGGCAUUUGACCCCAGUUCAGGAUUUAGGAUUCUGAUUAUCUCUCAAUACUUGAUUAGUUUAGUGCUUAAGUUAUUAGUUUUUGGUAUGCCCACUUGCGCCAUGUUCGUUUCUAAAGCAAUGAGAUUAUUUUCAUUUAAAGAUCUGGAAAAAAGAAACUAAUGGAGACAACGGCAAAUGAAGAUGGAUUUUAAGGGUUUUUGUUCUUAGUAAAAAAAAGUUAUCUUCUUUUUAAUUUUCUGAGACUUUAAUUGCUAGAAAGUUAUAGGAUUGAUUCAGAUAGUGGAAUCAGACAACUUUUUCUUUUAUGGGCGAUUACUCAUUUUUGUUCUUUGGUCUUCUGAUUGUUUAGUUUCUUAGCAGAUGAUUUAGUCUUCUCUUUUGUGAUCCUUUUUUGCUUUCCUUGGAAGUGUAGGUAAGGAUUUGUGUCCAUGGCAGCUUUGCAAACGCUUCGUGAAUGGAUCGGUAUCCAGCAGUUCCCACCUGCUACUCAAUCUAAAUUGCUCGAGAUCCUUGGGAAGUAUAAAGAAGAGGAUGUGAGCUCGCUAACGGUCCUUGUAAUGGGGAAAGGUGGUGUUGGAAAGUCAUCAACUGUGAAUUCAGUUAUAGGCGAGAAAGCUGCUGCAGUUAGUACUUUCCAGUCUGAAGGACUGAGGCCUACCUUGGUCUCUCGCACAAGAUCGGGAUUUACAUUGAAUAUCAUCGACACUCCUGGUCUUAUUGAGGGAGGAUAUGUGAAUGAUCAAGCCAUCAACAUUAUAAAACGAUUUCUCCUCAACAUGACUAUAGAUGUGCUACUAUACGUAGACCGUUUGGAUGUGUACCGGGUGGAUGACCUUGAUAGGCAAGUUGUCGGUGCUAUAACUGAUGCAUUUGGUAAAGAGAUAUGGAAGAAGUCUGCUCUUGUUCUCACCCAUGCUCAGUUCUCUCCACCAGACGGGUUAAAUUAUAACCACUUUGUCUCCAAAAGAUCUAAUGCUCUUCUAAAAGUUAUCCAGACAGGCGCUCAACUGAAGAAACAGGAUUUGCAGGGUUUUUCUAUUCCUGUCAUUCUUGUUGAGAACAGCGGAAGAUGCCAUAAGAACGAAAGCGAUGAAAAGAUUCUUCCAUGCGGGACUAGUUGGAUUCCCAAUCUGUUCAACAAAAUCACAGAGAUCUCUUUUAAUGGCAACAAGGCGAUUCAUGUUGACAAGAAACUGGUCGAAGGGCCAAACCCAAACGAAAGAGGAAAAAAACUGAUUCCUUUAAUGUUUGCAUUCCAAUACUUGCUGGUGAUGAAGCCAUUGGUUCGAGCAAUCAAGUCCGAUGUUUCGAGAGAGAGUAAACCGGCGUGGGAGCUGCGAGACUCCGGUUUAGCAAGUCGAAGGUCUUGAGUUGUGGACACGAGUUUUGUUUGGUUUGUUUGUCUAUCUGAGAGAUUGUUCUGUAGUUGAAAUUGUGAUACAACUCGAGAAAUGUGGUUCACAGAUAAUUACUGUCGCAAAGUUCUCUCAUCUUAAUUACAUCUUCUUUAGCCUCUCGUAAAUCGUAAUUAAGAGCUACUCUCUUGGUGAAAAUGAUUAGAAGAGAUAAUUCCAUUUUGUCAUUAAUGGUAAAAGUAACCGCU